GAGGCAGCCCGGACACGUCCCUUUGCCUGCUGCCGGGGCUGCUGGCUCCCCUCUAUGGGCUGGUGUCCUCUGGGCAGCCGAUGCCUUCGUCCCACUCAUGGAUCUGAUCUCCUCCGCCCCCUCAGCACCCAGCGUGGGACACUCAGACGCUCCAUGGGGAGCAGGGAUGCUCGCUUUCCUCCUGGCACGCUGUGCCAACCACGUCUCCUCGGAGUAUUUUCCAGUCUGUCCCUGCCUCUCUGGGUCACUGGGCCCUCCGUACUGAAAAUCCCCCCUGCUUCACCGGUCUGCUGACUCUUUGGCUUCCUGGUCUUUGCCCACCCUGUUCCUUGACCACAUCCUGUUCAGACCUUGCUCUUGACUAAUCCUGCCCCUUCGGAGGCUUCGAGAAGAGCAGACAGCGUCACGUGGAGGUACAGGCAGAAUUUGUCCUGGUUGGAUAGGAUACGGGCUGCGGCGGGAUCGCUUUGGGAACCAUGGGCCGCCGGCUCGUCCGUGGUGUCUCCGGAGCCGCAGUCUUCCUCGCCAGCGUGGCUCUCCUCUCCAUGCGGCACCGUGGGGCUCGGGAAGCAGCCCAGUACCCGGGGAUCGGGGAGGGGAUGCUGGAGAGGGCAGAGGGGCAGAGCGAAGGGAGCCCAGAGGGGCAGAAGGACCUCAAACUCCGUCCUCCGGAGGUACACAGGACUGAGGGGAGCCUGGCGCUUGGGGACAUUUUCAUAGCUGUGAAGACGACCAAGAGGUUUCAUCACAGCAGGAUAGAGCUGCUCCUGGACACGUGGAUAUCCCAGGCCAGCGAACAGACCUACAUCUUCACUGAUGAAGAAGACGGUGCCUUGAAAAGGAGAAUGGGUGACCAUGUGAUCUUCACCAACUGCUCGGCUGAGCACAGCCACCUGGCUCUGUCCUGCAAGAUGGCUGCAGAGUUUGACGCCUUCCUGGCCAGCGGCCUGAGCUGGUUUUGCCACUUGGAUGAUGACAACUACCUGAACCCUCGGGCGCUCCUGAAGCUCUUGUCCUCCUACGCAGAGACGUGGGAUGUUUACCUGGGCAAACCCAGCCUGAACCGACCCAUCAGGGCCUCUGAAACGCUGCCAAACAACCAGACGAAAUCUGUGCGCUUCUGGUUUGCCACGGGAGGGGCUGGGUUCUGCAUCAGCCGCAAGCUGGCAAGGAAGAUGGUGCCCUGGGCCAGUGGCAGGAACUUCCUGAGCACUUCCGAGCUCAUCCGCCUGCCUGAUGACUGCACCGUGGGUUACAUCAUCGAGUGCAAAGUCGGGGGGCAGCUGAUUCCCAGUGCACUCUUCCACUCCCACCUGGAGAAUCUGCAGCUCAUCCCCACCUCUCAGCUCACACAGCAGGUCACCCUCAGCUAUGGUGUGUUUGAGAACAAACUCAAUGUCAUUGAGCUCAGUGGCCCCUUCUCGCCUCAGGAGGAUCCCUCAAGCAGGUUUCGAUCACUCCACUGCCACCUCUAUCCUGAGACCUCUUGGUGCCUGCAGGCUGUUGGCUGGUGAUUCUUGACCCUCAGCUACAGUGGAUCUAGGUGACACCUGUUCACCUGUAGGGAGUGAAGAAGCUUGGUGCUCCCAAUUUCACCUUCACUGUGGUGGUCUUGGGACUCUGUGAUGGCUUUCUUGGUUCUCGCUCAAUCCUGGUGACACAGGACAAGAGAUAUGGUCUGAUCCAAAGAUGGAUACGAUGGGCUGGACGCAUGAAUUAGCUUCUCAUCUGUGCUGGGAUAUGUGCAAGGGAUGGGAGCAGUAUGCCUUCUGAGCAGACUGAGGAUCAGGUAGUGACUGCUGGACAUCAGGGUAGAGAUGAGGACUUGCUGCUGCUGCUCUGUGCUCUGGCUGUAUCUUGCUGGACUAGAAGGGGCCUCUGUGUGUGUGUGUACCUGGUGCCCAGCUCCUCAUGGGUGGCAGUGUGCCGUGGCUGCAGACUCUCUCUGAGCAGGGCUCUUCCUCCAUAUCUGCUUUUCCUACUGCCCACACUUUGCAGCCACAGACCUGCUGAGUCUCUGCAUAGUCAAAGUCUAUGGGGAUGGGAAAUUUGACUAUUUCUGUGCUGAAUGAAUCCUGGAAAAGCUUAGUCUUUGCUCAACAGAAAGGAGAUGGGCAGGAAGUACAAAGAAUCAGGAAUCCCUGGCUCUGCUGGGACAAAAGAAAGGGCAUAGGGUAAGGGAGCCAGGAGGAAACCGAGUGAGAUGGGGAUGGUUCCCGCAUUGAAUGUUGAAGGUUUGAUCUUGUAUGGUGCUGCAUUAUUCCUCUCCUCUUACCUUCUUGAUGUGGGGUCAGGAUAAUCUCUUGCUCUAAUUACCAACCUGUCGUCUGAGAUUAGACUCCAGCUCCUAUCUGUGAGAAGAGACAUAAAGGAUUAGAACUGGCUGAAAGGGAGGAGAAAGGAAGAGAUGGAGAAGGAUUGCUCAGGAGCGGAUUAGAGGUUACAGCUUUAUAACCUUUUCUGUCCCCAACCAAAAAAAUUAAGUCAUGAAGGAAUGGAAACAGCAAGGCAAAGAGCUUUUUAUCUCUGUGGGUUUCCUCCAGAUGCUAUUAGCAGCUUUCUGCCUUCCUGCUCUCACUGCUGAGCACAACAAGGGGAAGGAGUGGACCCAAAUAGGUUACAAGCUUUCUGGCAUGUUUGUGAAGGGUCCUUUUCUCAAUACAGUGGCUGGUGUGAAAGCUGGGCAGUGGUCCUUUCUGGGGAAUGAACUUUGGCAUCAUUUUGUCCUUGCACACACAGUGAAGUGGCUGGGGGAGGGUUUUGCAGGAAAAGCUGGAAGGCAAAGAGGCUGUUUCAAAUGGCAGGUGGUGCCGCAAACAGGUAUUUUUCUUUAAAGAGCAUUUGAAAACAGACUGCUGGGAUCUGUGAGAGAUCCUGUAAUCUCCAGAUGAAAGGACAAAUGCCCUUUCUCUAAAGAGCUGCUCAGCUUUGAUGCUGCUGAUGUGACUAAGCCUGCUGCUGGUGGGCUGGAAGAGCCAAAGGCUACUGUCACUGUGGCUUUUCUGUUUUGAAAACUGGCCACUCUGUCACCUCCUUCCACCCCCAAGCACCAGCAUCUCCUACACAGUGCACACAAAGUUUAAAGAAAAGACAUCAGAAAGACCUUCAACCUCUGCAAAAGGGGAUGUAAAAAGGAACGAGCACUUUAAUUUCUGGGAAAAACAGAAGGCAGGAGCUUGUAGAACUGUUUUCCAACAUGGCCAUUCUUAGUGGCAUUUAGUCAGCUUGUGUGGCAGCACACAGACUUGCUUUCUUCUGUUGCACAACAGGCCUUUGAAGUAGAAGUUCAUCCUGAGCAGGCUCAGGAGUGAGCUGGUGCCAGUGAGCAUUCCUUGAGUUGUGGAAAGCCCUUGGCUCACACGGCUACGCCAGCCAAGAAUCCACGUGGCACAAAACAGACACACAGCUAUUGAAGGAGGAGGGAUGCAGCACCAAGAAGUCCUGCCCCACAGGAACAGUGGUCAGGUUUGAACACAACCAGAAGAUGAAAUAAGGUUUUGUGAGAAGGAAUGAGUCUUCGAGAGAAACCUACACUACCUGGAUAUGUCAUUUUUUCCCCAUUCAGUUUUUCAGCUGAUGUUAAUAGAGUCUUUGAGUUAAAAAUCUGGUUCUGUCUGUAGAUGUCCUGGUGACAAUCAGAGCAAAAUGCGAUUCAUGUGAGGAAACUGGUACAGCAGCUUCACUUCCCUGGGAUAAAAGCAAAGCAGAGAAACUGAAAGCUUGCUUUGCAUCCUGACUUCAGCUGGUCUGAAUUGACCUGGUGCCUUUUGCAUGGCUGAAGAUCAGAUGUUUAAUGGGUUGAAUCCUUGAGUGGCUGCGUGGGGACCCGUUUAAGACUGGAUUUCGUUGUUGGAGCAGUUAAGUGCCACUUCUGUGGAAAAUGUCUUGUCUCAUAAGGAAACAGAACAGAUGAGAAGAUGUCUGGGGCAGGCAUCUCUUGGGUUGCAGGGAAAUGAAUGACAGAAAAGUCCUGCUAUGCCUGUGACGACAAUACGCUGGAAAGAAAAUAGCUUCAACAAAAGAAACCAGGUUUUCUCUAAGAACAGAGAGACAGCUUAAUGGGACAUUCACCACAUGAAAUCUGAUCAACGUUAAAACAUGAGUUAAAAUUAGUUUCAGGAAUGGUUCCUGCCCCUGGGGCUUGCUGUCAGAUGUUGUGGUUUUACAGUCUCAUUUUCCUAGUUUAUUAAAAUGUUUAGCUGCUUGGGAAAAUGAGAAACAAUCUCAUGUGAAACUUUUCAGGGGGCUGUCUUUUUUUAUUCUCUUUCUCUUGAUGUAACAAAGAUUUUGGAAAGGUUCCGCUGAGGCUAUUAAAUUUGUAUUUUUUUUAGUUUUUUUUUUUUAAUUUUAUGUUUCUACCUUUCUCUAGCUCUCACUUCCUUUCCUCAUUGCAGGGGGUAAAAAAACCCUCUCCCAAGAGCGAAAAGGAGAGGAGACAUGGUCUUCAUAUUUUACUGGGAAAAAUAGGGUCAAAGUCAAGGGUGUUGGCAUGACCCUGUUGUUGUACAACAUUAAGUGUAGUUCAAGGUUUCAAGUACAGACACCUCUGCCUGCCCAACACCAUAGCAACUAGCACUAUUAAUGAUGUUUAAACUGUGUACUGAACAUUCUGAAAAAGGAGAAGGAGGAGGAAAAAAAAAGCAGUUACAGUAUUUGAAAUGUAAAAUAUUAAGUAAGGCUUUCAUGUUAACAAUAUCUUUUCUUCACUUUCCCCUUAGCAUGAAGAAUUUUUAUAAGAAAAGCCCUAUUUGACAGUGCAAAAAAAUGCUAAUGACUGUCCUUUCUUUAGGGGGAAAGAAGUUAGUUGAAAUAGGUGGGAAACUGCAGUUGUUGCUAAAGACUUGAAGGGGAGAGAGAAGAAUAGCAACACUAGACAACGGUUCUGUCUCUGGUGCCAACUUCUCUUAACAGCUCUGCUGCCGAGGAAAACCAGAUUCCUGAGCCACUGUGGGAUUUGCCCAACUUGUACCCAGACUGCAGCCUUCAGUGCUCUCCCCAGGCUUCUUGCUGAGGAGGCAGUCUUCAAAAACUGCUCAGUUUAUCAGACAGAAGUCAAAAGAUGAGAAAUAGGAACAGGAAGAAAGGAGAUUGGAAGGAAAGAAACCACCAAGCGAGGCCUUGGACGAGCAUGGGAAUUUUAACAGUCAUUGAAAGUGCUGCUUGGGGGCUGCCCAGCAAGAGUAGGAAAGGCAGUGUUGCCUGGCCCCCCAGCUCUGGAUUUUUUUUGUCAUCAGGGCAACUGCAGCUCACCAAUGCCACCGAGGAUGCCAGCCUGUGAGACAGAGUGCACCUUGGAAGAGCAAUUGGAAUCUCAGACUGACUGGAAUUUUCUCCUCUGCCAAACAAUACACUCCACUGAAGAGGAUGCUGGUGUUGCCAUAGACCCAGGAAGAAGUGCAGCAUCAUAAAUAUUGGAGUAACUAUGCCUGUUCUCACCAGCUUAUGCAGGAAUUUGUCCUGUAGACUUUCUGCCUAAAUACCUGGGAGGUUAAAGGAGUGCAGAACUGAGCUGUUGUAUCUCAGAUGGCAUUGCCUCUUAAGGCUGGCGGUUCCUUGACAGCCUGAGAUUUUUUUUCCCUUCGUGUUUGAUCCAGCUUGGACUCCAAGAAAGCUGGGAACUUAUCUCUCUCCCUGUUUGAACUGUAAGUGAUUAAUUACAGACCCCAAGAAUGGCU